GCUGCGUUUUUCAAGCCAAAGAAGGCUAAGAUAGUUGAAGCGGCGACUCAUAUCUCUACCGAGUCCUUAAAAGAAAAUGGGCUUCGUGGAGAUGAAAACGAGCGAUCAUGGAAGAUCAUAUCGUGGAACGUUGCUGGCUUGAGAGCAUUAGCGAAGAAAAACGCUCACAAAUCUAUAUUAUCCGAAGCACCCGAUCUGAUUUUUCUUGGCGAAAUCAAGUGCAGUGAAUGGCCCGUAGACCUUGAAAGCGAUUUCAGGAAGUACCAUAAAACAUUGGCCGUGUCACAAGAGAAGAAAGGAGGUUAUGCUGGUGUAGCUUUGCUGAGCAAAAUCAAACCCAUUAAACUUAGUGAUGGUCAUUGCUCAAGUAAAAAAGUUGCAAGUGAUUGGGGACGCGCGGCCUCUAACGCUUUUAACAUCUGCCUUAGUGUAGGAUUGCCAAGCGUUUGCCUACGUCAUUGCCAUGUAUGGAAAGGCAUAGGAAACCCAGAAAUGGACAGGCAUGGCCGGCUUAUAGUCGCUGAGUAUUCGCACUUUUACUUUAUUGGUGCGUAUGUGAUUAACAGUGGUCAAGGGCUUGUAAAUCUAGAACGACGAGGAAAAUGGGAGGAACUUUUUUUGGAAAAGAUAAAAGAACUCGACGAAAAGAAGCCCAUCAUUUACGCCGGAGAUCUCAAUGUGGCUCAUAAUGAAAUUGGUAACCUUAUGAAUCCCCAGACAAAGAGAAAUAGUGCUGGUUUCACUGAUCAAGAGCGCGCAUGGUUUUCGAGACUUCUAGAUGCGGGAUUUAAGGCAAGGACACUUAUCGUGAAUUACAUGGUGAUAAGCAAGAAUACACCUACUGGUCAUAUUUGGGUAAUGCUCGUUCUAAGAAUAUUGGCUGGCGAAUUGAUUAUUAUGUGGUCAGCGACAGAAUUUUCAAAAGAGUGA